UUGCCUAAUUUUUUCUUCUUUCUACUCCCAAUCCUUUCACUUCAACUAGAGCGGUCCGGUUCAACCGGUUGGUGCAUUUGGCAUGCCGUAGACCCUGCUGAAUUUUGGUAACUUUUCUUUUUAGCAGUAUUCCCGUAUCAUGAUCAAUACAUUUCCUUUCGCUAUAUAAUGACAGUUUACCCACAUUGUCGGCAUCAGUGACCAUUUGUUCGCCCCAUACACAACACCUCACAAGUAUUUUGCAACAUGUAUUCCAAGAUCAUUGUUGUUCUGGCCCUUGUCGCCGCCGUCAGUGCUCAAAGCCACUACGGACAUCAACAACACUACCAGCCCCAGCACUACCAUCACGAAGAGGAGCAUCACGGACCAGUGCACUACGAAUAUAACUACGAUGUGCAUGAUGACCAUACCGGUGAUGUUCACGGCCAGAAGGAGGCUCGUAAGGACGACUCUACUCAGGGCGAGUACUACCUGAUCGAUGCCGACGGUCACAAGCGUACCGUCACGUACCACGUUGAGGGUAAGAGCGGAUUCAUCGCGGACGUGCACCGUGAGCCGAUCAAGGGAUACCAGGCACCGCAGCCACAGCACCACCAAUAUCAGCCGCAAUACCAUCAUCAGGCUCCGGCUCACCACAAAUACUAGUUUAAAACUGUGUAUAGUAUAGCCCUGUAAAUCGAAUUUAAAGCUAUGAUAAAAUGUUUUAUAAGUGAUAAAUCUAAUCAAAUUUGUGUUGGGCCCUAGAUAUAUCUCAUCCAUUACUCCAUAACUUCGUUAUCUGAUGCGUUGAGUUUGAAUGUGGUUGAUUUUCUCUGCGUUAGACGACGCAAUAUAAGAUUCCCAUGUCAUAGAACUGCUGGGUGAUGCACUGUAGGACCGUAGACAUACAUGUACUCGUUUACUGUUGUGCUCUUCGUCCAGCAACACGUGAGAAAUGUUUUUGCGGAUGUUUGUAUUAUUGUAUGCAUGCGCAGCUGAUACUGUAGUGCUGCAAACCAAAGGUGCUUUCAUGAAUUACACCUGUUUCCAGGUACGAUCGAAUUU